GAUAGCGACAAGUGGCAGUUUGUGAAUCGAAUCGGUCGGUGGUAGAAUGUUGUCAACCGUUUGGCUAUUUUUGUUCGGGAAUUUAUUUCUUUUGACUCUCUGUGACAAUUUAACUGUAAAAACGAAUAGCGGUCAAGUGCGCGGUGUGGCGCUGAGAACAUUGGCAAAUAAGAAGGAGUACAUUGCGUUCAAGGGAAUUCCCUAUGCUGAACCGCCCAUUGGCGAUUUGAGAUUCAAGGUUCCCCUUCCGAUAACACCAUGGAAAGGAAUCCUUGAAGCCAGCGAAUAUGGAAAUUCUUGCAUGGUCAUCUAUCAAUCGAAAUUAUUUCCGUCCAUGAACAAGCAGAGCGAAGACUGCCUCUUCCUGAAUGUGUUCACGCCGGUAACGUCAUGCAACAAGAGCAACUCUAAGAGGGCUGUUAUGUUCUUCAUCCACGGCGGUGCCUUCACCGAAGGCGAUGGCACGGAUACAUGGUAUGGACCGGAUUUUAUUGUCGAAGACGAUGUGGUUCUGGUUACGAUUAACUAUCGGUUGGGACCGUGGGGUUUUGCUAAUUUUGACAUAAAAGGAUACACCGGCAAUAUGGGAUUCAAAGAUCAACAGCUGGCUUUGGCAUGGACCCACAGGAACAUCAAACACUUCGGUGGCGAUCCGAAUGAAAUCACAGUCUUUGGUGAAAGUGCCGGUGGCCUUUCAACACAUUUGCACACGCUCUCAGAUACGUCAAGGCAAUUCAUAAAACGUGCAAUCCCAAUGAGCGGUACAACAUUUACAAACUGGGGGCACUAUGCACCGAACAGUCAUGUGGAUCUAUUUAAGCAGAUAUUUGCAUUGGACGCUGGAGCCACCGGACACGAUGUAUUGCAAUUCAUGUUGGAAGCGCCAAUCGAAUUAAUUUUGGAAAAGUCGCCAUCUAUCUCUGUGUCUCCAUUGAGCUUGGUUGAGAUGCCCUUUUCGACAGUAAUUGAAGAUGUGAAAAAGGCCGAAAACCCAUUCUUAACGCAACGGCCACAAGAGAUUUAUAAAACGACUAAUGUAAAUGUUCCGGCAAUGUUUGGUAUUACAAGCGCAGAAACCAUUAUACUCUUCAAUCCCAGUAAUCCGUUCUACUGGCUCGAACCAUUGCGAAACUAUUCCAACAUUGGACUGCCUUUUAACGGAUUGACCUUAGCUCCAGAGUCACCUAUGUACCGAAUGGCAGCGGAGAAAGUUUACAAAUUUUAUUUCGGCGAUCGGAAACUGGAGCCAACUCAAGAGAUUUUAGAAAUUUACUUGCAAAUGACAACGGACAUGAAUUUUGCCUAUCCCGUGUAUGAGGCAUUGAAAUUCCAUUCAGCCCGAGCGAAAACAAAUUGUUAUGAAUACGAACUGGACCUGAACUUGAAUGCAAUCAAAAUCACGAGGAACAUAACUUAUUUGAACGGAAUGUCACACAUGGAAGACUUGCUGUAUAUGUUCUAUUCGAAAUUGUUUGCCGAACAAUUCGCCACCGUCCUGACAAAUCCAAACGAUCCGAUCAAUCGGAAAACGAUAGCGGCUCUCGAAUUUUCGCCGAAAGUGUUUACCGAUUAUGCGAAAACUGGUCGCCCGACGUACUUGGGAAGAUUUACUGGAUGGGAAAACAUUUGCGUUGCAAUCACAAAUGAUGGUCCGAAACCAAUGCUCGGUCUUAGGAAGGACAUUAUGAAAUUCUGGGAAUCAAUCCAUGAAAGCGUGAAACCGUGGAUUGUCAAUCCGUUCUGAGUAUGAUCCUAACGGAAUGGUUUUUUUACGAUUCGCUUCCAUCAAUAAAUAGAAAUUGCGUUU